AUGGAAAUUGCCAACUAUUCCGACUGUCUGGAUCCUUCAUACAGCACACUGGGCUUUGACAAUGCUGAUGUACUCUAUGGAGGGGGAGAGAGCAUGCCGACAGAAUCCAGCCUAGCUUGUUCAAAUGGGCUCAACAGUAACUGUGCCAUCUGUGGGGACAAAGCCACGGGGAAACACUACGGUGCCUCAAGCUGUGACGGUUGCAAAGGUUUCUUCAGGCGCUCCAUACGCAAGAGCCAUGUCUACACCUGCAGGUUCAGCAGACAGUGCGUGGUUGACAAAGAUAAAAGAAACCAGUGUCGUUUCUGCAGACUCAACAAAUGCUUCCGAGCUGGCAUGAAAAAGGAAGCUGUGCAGAAUGAGAGGGAUCGGAUCAGCUCUAGAAGAAGUAUUCCAGACCCUCAAGAGCUUCCACCCAUCACAGUUCUGGCUCAAGCUGAAUCGUUAUCCCGACAGAUCAGCACUCCAGUUGGAAUAGAAGACAUACGAGACCAGAAAUCUGCCACUAUCGGGGAUGUGUGCGAUUCUAUGAGACAACAGCUACUGGUUUUGGUAGAAUGGGCCAAAUACAUUCCUUCAUUUGGAGAACUACCACUGGAUGACCAGGUUAGCUUGCUCAGGGCUCAUGCAGGUGAGCACCUCUUGCUGGGAGUGGCCAAAAGGUCAAUACCAUUCAAGGACGUCCUGCUUUUGGGAAAUGGCUGUGUGAUACACAGAAACACUCCAGAAUCUGAGAUCUGCCGGGUUGCAAACAGAGUUCUGGAUGAACUGGUCAGACCUUUUCAAGAUAUUCAAAUCGAUGACAAUGAGUACGCGGCACUCAAGGCCAUUGUCUUCUUUGAUCCUGAUGCAAAGUCAUUGCGGGACCCUUCUAAGAUCAAAGCUACACGUCUGCAAGUCCAGAUGAGUUUAGAAGACUACAUCAAUGACCGCCAGUAUGACUCGCGGGGUCGUUUUGGAGAGCUGUUACUCCUUCUUCCCACCCUGCAGAGCAUCACUUGGCAAAUGAUUGAACAGCUUCAGUUCAUCAAGCUCUGUGGUCUCGCCAAAAUAGACAACUUACUGCAUGAGAUGUUGCUGGGAGGAUUGACGUCUGAGAACACACACCUGCACCAUCCAGUGCACACACAGAUGACCCAGGACCCUUUGACUGGACAGACUCUCCUCAUCAGUACCAUGCCUUUUACACACACUCAGCAGAUAGCCUCACCAGACACCCCCAUCCCAUCACCUCCACAAGGUCAAGCCCCUGAGAUGUACAAAAAUUUUCCCCAGCCCAUUUGUCCUCCAGCCAGUCCUUCACCUUCUACGCAGACAGACUCCUGAUGGGACCGCUGUCUUAUAUUGCAUCAUGCCUUUAGGGUAACAAAAAUAGAACAGAGUUUAAAACAGUAGACUGUUCGCAAUUUUCUUUCUUUAUUUGUUAAUUGGAGGCCAUGUUGCAACAUUAACCUAAACAUUUUUGUAGAAUCAAGUAAAAAUAGGUCGGUCUACUGUUUUUUUAAGAUGAUUUAAGUAUACAGUGAUCCCUCGUUACUUCACGCUUCAAACUUCGCGCCCUCAAUCAAUGCCAUUUUUUUUUUUUCCACAUAAAUACAGGUAGUCCCCGGGUUACGAACGAGUUCAGUUCCUACACUUGCGACAUCACCCGAAUUUCCACGUAAAUCGGAAUGAGUGCUUUAAGUACCCCUAAAUCUCAAAAUAACUAUCCAAAAAUUCCAAACGUAUUGUAUUUUGUUUAAUGACGGAGGAUACACUGCCCUCUGGUGGCAGCGUAUAUCUGACAUGGAUAAAACAGCUGCGCUCUGGUUUGGCCCACAUAAGGCUGCAAGUUGUUUCAGCUAAUAUAAGUUCGUGUUUGCAUUUGUAAUUAAGUUUAGAGCUAUAAUUUGUGGAGUUAUGUGUGAGAAAUGAGAAUUGAAGAUACGUUAGCAUUCGUAGCAUUUAAGCUAGUGGACAUUUGUUAGGCAGAUUAGGCUAAUUUACAUAUAGAUCAGACUAAAUGGACAUUUGAACACCAUUUGUUUUGUGUUAAGGGUUUUGUUGUUAAAAUGCGUGUCAUUUUGAACAAGCGUACAUAUUUGUGUUACAACUUUACAAAUUGUCAAAAGUUAAGUAAAGUGCUUUAAAAAGCACAAAAAUUGCCUUGUUUGCUGUCUGUAAAGCUGAACACUUUCACCUUUAGUGAGGACAGAACACGUCAUAUUAAUAAAGUAAAAAAUAAGAUACUGUGAGGUACAACAAGGUACUGUUUAUGCAACCCAAAAAAACAACAACAGCAAAAAAAACAACUUGAGACAAAAUGGUGACGAGAGUCCGGCGUAGUGAAAUUGAAAGUCGAGUACGUCGUAACCUGGGGACUACCUGUACUGUAUUUAGUUUAUAAAUGUAAAGACAAAUGCAUGUAUACAUGUACAAGUCAUUGUUUUCUUUCAUAUAUAUUUCAUUUAUAUCAUAGUUAUUACAUUUGCAGUGCUUAAAAACCAUCUACAAAAAUAUACAUUUAAGUUUUUUUUUUUUUUUAUUAUUAUGCUUUGGGGAAAAAAGGGAAAACGUGUUUCAUUUCUAUCUCUUUCCAAUGUUUUUAAAUCUGAACAAAUACUUUGAACACACCCAAAAAAAGUAAAUAAGCUCCGCCUCUACUUUGCGGGAUUUCGAUUUUCGCAGGGAGUAGGAGAAGCCCGAAUUCCACCCCCCUCAACAGCGAAAAAUGAGGGAUCACUGUACUACCAAUAACUAAAAAGAAAAAUACUAUAUAAACUAAUAGGGCUUAAACUGUAUAUAUAAGUCAGUGUAAAAUAAUAAAUGCUUAAAAUAAUCAAUAUUUUCAGAUAUUUUAUAGGUUUUUUUUUUGUAAAUAUUUUAAUUAAAUUUCGCAGUUUAUGAAUGUGUUAAUGGAAAUGCUAAAAUCACUUAUAUUUACAUUGAAAUGAAAUGUAUAUUUCUUAGAAAGCAAUUAAUUUAUGUAUAUAUUUUGCAAAUUGAGAUGCCAAAAAAAAAAAAAAAAAAAAGCAUAACAACAGUUUAGGAAGGCCUACAAUCCACUAAACACUUUUUACAACCGUAUAAUAUUGUCAUACCUCGAGGUCUUUUCAACAUUUUGCUUGGAGUAUGAUGUACUAUGAUGCAGAUCAUAACAAUCUGCUGUCACAAUGAACAAAAUUCACCAUAAACCGAGCCAACAGUGUCAAAAUAUUAUUUUUGUAUAAAUAGAAUUUCAAAUGCAUUUCUUGUAUUAGAUGGCAUGUCUGCUUAAUCUCCAGGUUUGAUAUGUUCAUUAAUACAGUACUUCAAGUGUAUGUUUGACUUUUGUUCACUUUUAUAUUGAAAAAGAAGAAUUUGAAAGGGAAAAUGUAUGACAUCUGUUGCUCUCACAAGAA